UUACCUGCGAGCAAACGAUUCCGAUCAUACCGCAGUUGCACCUUCGAAGACACGCAUCGCUCAGAUCGACACUGGUCAAAUUUAAUCAUGGAUUUAACGAGAAACGCAAUCGCCCUUGGGCUGUUCUGCGUUUUGGCGACCGCUGCGGAACCUCCGGUACCACAAGGCAUCAGAGCCUCGAAUGUCCUUGGAGGUUCGGGACAACACGCCUCCUUUAGCUUCGUAAGGCCCGGACUCACGCAGACCUCGUACUCCUUCAACGGGCCCAGUUCACAUCAAGCCUUCAGUUCCAGCAUCGGCAAUCCUCAGCUUGCCCAAAAAGUGCUGCCCAAUGUGGCCCAAGCCUUGGCCUACCGGAACCCUGGACUAGGCUACUUUCCAACUGGCCCGAUAACAACUGCGUACGCUUCGUCCGGAGUACAGGCCGCACCUGGAGGUCAUCCUCCUACUCUCGGAACGCAAGUAGCUUAUCAAGGAGCACCGGCUCCUGAUCAAUCCGAGGCGGCUGCCCUGCGCGCUUACCUUCAGCAACAAUACCAGCAACAGUACCAGCAGCAGAUUCAGCAACAAUACUUGCAGGCCCAACAACAACAUCAGCUGCAGAAUUCUCAAGCUGCACCGCAAGCACAGCCGGACGCCACGGCUUAUCAAGCUCAACUUGCACAGAUCCAUGCGUUUAGACAGGCGCAAGCGCAGGCUCAGGCCGCUCAAUCUUCCGAGCAAUUACAACAGAUACCCGAACAAAUACAGCUGCAACAGCGAGAACAACAACAACAACAGCAACAACAACAGCAGACUCAGAACUUACUCGGCGUCGCUUAUUCAUCAGCCCCUUCGGUCGCUCACGUGAAAGUGAGCGGAAAUGGAUACAAUUUUGACUUUUAAAUAGCGUGCGUUUAUUACGUGAAUAGUAUCGGAUUUUUUGUAUAUAGUACACGAACAAGCCAAAGUGCUUGUGCUUUAUAUCAUCGUUAUAAUGCUUUUUAUACGUUGCAUAGUUUUGUCAAUUAACGUCUCACUUGACACUAUUUAUUCCUUUAUUAUCAUCCGCACUAACCUGUAUGAUAUUGGUCAAAUUUGUACUUUGUUACGUCAGGAUGUAAAUCGUUGGUUGAAUAUCGUAUUCGUGGGAGCUUCUUCCUUGAAACGGUUAUUUUUCGAAAUCCGUCUCAUCGCAAUCUUUGUACUAUGAAAUUGCGUGCAAACUUAAAUGUUACAAAUUGCAGAUUCGAGACUUAUAUACUGCAUAUUUUGUAAUCCAACCUUCAGUAACAUUGACCCUGAUGUCAAAGCUAUGACGCGAAGUCGAUGAAAUGAAGAAGAAGAAGACAGUUGGUCCUAUUAUCGGUAAUGCCAUUAUCCAAGUCGUUUUUUGAGAAAAUAAAGUAAAAAAAAUUGUACAACGUUUCGUCAUUUUUUUAAACCGAUUUGCAUUUGUCGAUACGGUAUUUGGAAAAUAAGAUUCUUCGUGGAUUCUUAAAGUUAAGACAGGACGGUGAUUGUGCGGAUAAAAAAAGACGUGGAUAAUCUUUGAAUGAAAAGAUUAGAUGCCCUCGCAAUACGGUUCAUCAGAUAUUGUGUAUCUUUUUGCCAUAAAAAAAAAGAAUUAAUGUUCUUAAUACACGUUAAGAUUUAAGCAGUCAUAACCCCACAUGGUUAUUGCAUGUACAAAUAUUGAAAAACGCGUUCAGCUAUCAAAUUUAUUCAGUAAGCUGCUGAUACGUCUCCAAACAUUUUCUGCUGGAAAUUUAGUCGUUUACUAAUUAUACGGUCCGUUUUAUAUUCCGAUCAUACCUCACGAGACGUGACCAAGGAAAUGAUUUCAUACCACAUGUCAGAGAGCCGUGUUCAUCCAUUAGACUUUGAACUCUACAGUAACAUUCAAUCUCAAGGUAUCGUUGCCGAAAUGGAUUUUACCAUACUCGAACAAAUUGAGAA